AUGGCAGUCGGUGGCAAGAAGGCUAAGGCCAAGGACAAAUCUGGCAAGGCAGGGUUGACCAAGCAGAAGGUUAAAAAGAUGAAGACCCCAGAAGAGGCAGAAAGUCAGACGACAAGUGAAUCUCCAGCUCCUGGCGGUCCGGAACCCGUGGUACAAGACCAAGACCUCGGUCAGCCACCGGAACCUACGCUUGAACUGACUCCAGAAGCUACUGAAUCGACCGAGAUAUCCACAGCGUUGGGAAGUGAGGAAUGUGAGAACGCACAGACUCCUGACCCUGCGACAUAUCAACAACCCCACCUGAAGGAAGAUCAUCUUGACAUCGAAGCAUUUGUUUUGAAAGACAACGACGCGCCUGAAACACCUGUUGAACCAGUGGAACAACCUGCUGCACCCAUUGACACAGUUGAACCACCUGUUAAUACACUAGAAAGCCAGAAACCCGAAGACAGUUACCCAGAGGAACAUAGAAGCAAGGCAAUUGUUACUUCUCCUCCAUUUGCUCCAUAUUCGCCUGCUCUAGUGCCGUUGCCGUCGCCUUCUUUGACUGAGGCACGGUUUAUGUCAAGCGCUUCACCAGAGUCCAAUUACUAUCAACCUGCUCCCGCAUACAACUCUUACACUGCACCUUAUACUGCGCCUUAUACUGCGCCUUAUACUGCGCCUUAUACUGCGCCUUACGUCGUUCCUGCUCCAUACACCUCGCCGUACGGCUCACCCUACGCCUCGCCAUACAGUUCACCUUACGCUUCGCCCAUUCCGAAAGUUAGCAGUCCUCUGGCUCGCUCACAUUAUCCCUAUAUGCCACCGGUCAUGUCUCCUAUCGCAACCUCUACGCCGCCACCUCCACCCGGAGCACCGGCAGCGCCGCCUCAAAUGGCUCCUCCGGCACCACGGCCACCUUCAACAGCUCAAAGCUACACCUCGGCCGUGCACUCUCCUGUCAUGAGCUCAGCUGGAGUGGUACCUCCAUAUGCUGGGUAUCCGCCUCAAGCACCCAAUGGUCAUUAUAUGCAUCGAAGUUACAGCAUGUCUGACCCUUCAUAUGCUGCAUCUUUCCAGGCCAUCCGAGAAUUGGGCUUGGCCAAUGGCCAGCCGCAUGAUAAUGGGGCUAUAUCGCCCCCCGAGAACGAUGCCGAACACAUCGAACUUCUCCAGAGAAUUCAAUCGGCACUUCCCGACAUCGACCGCCUCUUACAUGGGUUCCGAAGCACUCAUACCAGGUUAGCAGGUCGGGAGGCUGAGAUAAAGCAGAUUGGAACCCAGCAUGAGCAAGCUUUGAUGCACAAGGAGUUCUAUAUUGAGGCUUUGCAAGCACAGAUGAAAAAGACGGCAAAUGAAAGUGCCGAAGAAAGUGCUAAGCUCAAGAACAUCAUCAACGAGCUCCGGCUCGAGCUAGGUAACCUCCAAGAGAAGCAAAGGGACUUCGAAGACGGUUUAGCGACUCACCAAAAAUCCAACGAGGAGCUCUCGCAAAGCAAGUCUGACCUCGAGGCAGAAAUCGCCAGAUUGAACACCAGCAUUCAAGAGAUGAAAGAUGCUCAUAAUAAAGAACUGGAGGCACAGAAAGAAGAGCACGACAAAGCACUUGUUACCCAGAAGCAGGAGCUGACUGAACUUUUCGAGGAGAUCAAAAAUGAGGACGAGAAAGCCGCAACUGAAACCUUGGAAAGUCGCGAGAAGAGCUUGACGGAUCAACACCAGUCUCAAAAAGCCGAAUGGGAGAAGGAGAAGGCUCUCAUGCAGGAUUCUUUGGAGAACCAGCGCACCGAACUCGAGACCACCAAGUCAGAGCUUACUGCCAAGAUUGCUGUUUUGGAGUCUAAGGAGACCGAACUCGGAAAAAAUUUGGCCGAGCUGACCUCUGCCCGGGAAGAAGUUGCAUCCAAGAUUGACGAGUUGGAGGCGAAAGAUAAAGAGUUGGGAGAAACCCGUGCCAAGAAUGCCGAGGAACUCAAGGCGCUCCAGAAUGGCCAUGCUGGCGAACUUGACUCCCUACGAAGCACCCAUGCCGAGCAACUUGGUGCCGCUGCCAAGGAACUUGAUGACAAGAUGGCUGCCGUUGAGGCAGAGUUGAUCGAAAAGGAGCAGCACUGGACCGCUGAGCGGACUGCUCUUGAGAAACUGCUCUCCGAGAAAGACAGUGAACUCUCAAGCGUGGAACGCGAGAAGGAGCAGCUCGAAGGAGACAACAACAUCAAGGAGCAGCAACUUCAGCGUGCAGUGGAUGAGAUGCGAUUCACCAUUGACCAUCUCGACAAAGACUGUGAGCGCUUGAGGAAGACCCUGAGCAGUCUUGGAGAGGCCACUGAUCUCAAGACCACGAAGGGCGAUCAAUUCUUUGUGGACUGUUUCACCCAACUUUCAUCUUUGAUCCACGAGCUCUCCAAAGAGCACUUCGCCUAUCUCCCAAUCGACCCGCCAAAGGACAUCCUCUCCAAAAUCCCUUCAGAACUACCUACUUUCCUCGACAACACCAUUGCCUCUCGCGACCUCCGCUGCGCCUACAUCGAACAUGUUGUGUCCAAGACAAUCACCUACCGCGUGUUCCAGCCUUUUUUGUUCACCCUAGGCCGAAGGUACGACAAAGCCGACACUUUCUUCCAGAUGUUGUCUAUGGACAUCCGCCGUAAGUCCGUCCGCCGCGAGGCAUUCUGGCGACAACAAACCCUCAAAGCAGCCUACACUACCUCAGACGCCAAGCAAUCUAUCAAUGUUGCUGCGGCCGUGAUCGUGGAUGAGAUCAUCGAUCAUAUCAAGCACUUCGCCGACCCCAAGCACCUGGACUCCCUCUUGACCGGAGUCCGCAAGAUCGUAAAGCUGGCGGCGGAAUCUUGGCGCCACGCCCGCGUUGAGCGCGAGCUCGUCCUAGCAUCCUUCCCGGCACCAGAUGCGGAAAGUGUUUCUAAGGACGGUUGGCUGGAGCAUGGAAUCGCUAAAGAUGCUACCCCCAAUCCGACUAUGGACCCCACCCGCCACGUCGUUUUGCGCACCUUCCCACACAUCUGGCGUGAGGCUGCACACGAGGACUUUGCUAGUGGAGAGCGGGCGCAUCCAUGCAUCUACUCCCCGGGUGAGGUUUUGUAUUCGGAUUCUCCUGUCAUCCUGGCUCGUCUACAGGAGUUGGCUAAGACGUCUUCUGAAGCCGUGGCUGCUCCCGUACCGGCGGCUUCGGCUGCUCCACUUGCCCCAGCUGCACCAGCUGCCCCAAUUGCUCCCGUUACUCCAGUUACUCCAGUUACUCCAGUUACUCCAGUUAAUGCGGAUCAGGCCCAGAUGUCUCCACCUAAGACCCCGCCCAGAAGUCCCAAAGAGUCUCACGAGAGCCUGCCUCUCAAGGGCCGUGAGAGCCUGCAGCUCAAGGCCAUUGAGCAACUGGCCACUGCUCAGAAGCCGGCCCCAGCGAGGGUGUCGGUGCCUUCGGCGCCCGCGAGUCCUCGCCCAAAGGAGCAAAAGGUUUGA